UAACAGGGUGUAUGACACCCAGGAGGCGACUCCAGGAAGGUAGUAAUGAAUCUAUGUCUCUUUAAUUUCUAAAUUCUACCCAACAUAUCCCUCAGCUCUCUUCUCCUUCCUACAACUUUAUCUAUAAGUAUAUAUAUAAUAAUAAUCUUUUGGAAGAAUAUAUAUAAUAAUAAUCUUUUGUAAGAAAAGUGUCCACUACUUAGCCCUUACGAACACCAAUUCAAGGACGACGUACAACGUAACGGAACGCCACCGCGAAGUAGUUACCACCACCGCCGUCGCCGCCUUUAUGCCUACUACAGCCUCCACCUCCCCGGUUAAGCAUUCAUCAUCAUAUUCAUGGAGCAGAUUGGGAAGAACGGAGGCGGAGAGGAGAAAAUCUAAGGAAUUUCCACCGCCAAUAUCCUCCCUCAGCCAAGAUGGUAAGCCCGCAUUCUUUCUCCGGCCGGUGCGGCAAGACGGCCGGUUAAAGCUCCGACAGGUGAGAUCUAAUCGGCCGGAGACUCUCCUCGCUUCCAGGAAAGAUGGGCGGUUGAGAAUGCAUCUCAUCUAUAGCGAUGAUGAUCAAAACAGCCGAGAAUAUUCUGAGCAAGAAGAGUCAGAAGACGAAUCCCAAGAUGCGAUUACAGAAGAAGAAGAAGAAGAGGAGGAAGAGAGGGUUAUGGAAUGUAAGUUUCCGGUGACACCACAGGGUGGGUCACCAUACGUGUUUACCCGAUCGAUUAUGAAGGUGGCGGAGGAAGUGCUGAGUUUAGAAUAUGUUUUUGAUGUUGAUUGUGGACUUUUCGGGUUGGGGAUUUAAUAUUUUGAGGAGGAAGUAUAUGUUUUUUAUUAAUUUGGGUUUGAGGAAGAAAGAUUAUGUUUUUGAUUAUUUUGGGCUUGAUUUAUUAUUUUCAUAUGGAAAGUAUUCAAAAAUAAAUAUGAAGGGAUAAAGUUUUCAUCA